AUGAGAUUCACUAUUUGUCACUGCCUUCUCGGGGCUGUUCCGGCUAUCGCUCUGCGUCGUCGCGGAUCGGAGUAUCAGCUGACCGACUUGGUAACGGCAACUUCUAACAUACUCAAUGCUUUGGAAGAGACCGAACAGACGAUGGACAGGAGCGUGAUGGUAACCUUCUGCCCGGUCGAGACUUCCGAUGUCGCUUCGCUCUCUCAGGCUGCUUUGAUGCAGUGGCCGUUGAUUCCGGGCUCAGCCGAGGCGCCUCCAGCUAGCAUUGGCUCUCUGAGAGGAACACCGGUUUCUGUGAAGGCAGGAGCGACCAGCACGCCAUUGCCGAUCGCCCAAGCCUUACUGAACGUCAUCAUCUCGCUGGUUAUCUCGGCGAUCCUCCUGACUGCUGCUACGAUCGUCUAUCGGCACACCGUAGCAGGGUGGUUGAGGAGGCUAUCGGCUCGUCGGUUCUUGAGCCCAGUUCUCCGCAGUAUUCAUAAACCCACGAGAAGCUCCAGCAUUGAAGUGGCCAGUCAGCCCUCAGAGAAAGUGCCAGCUUUGGUGAUCGCGCCAGCCACGGUGGAUGACCCGCUCACAAGUGCUAUGAUAGAAAAGACACCCGACUCCGACUCGGAUAAUGCAAGCACUGUGGAUGAGGAGUCCUUGGCGUAG